CUCCUGUAAAUUUCUUCCGAUUCUCUUUCUCCCUUGUCUUUCCUUCCCUCGUGGGAUUUCGUUUUAUUUUUUUAAAUAUUCAAUUUUGUUCUCUAUAUUCUCUUGCUCUAUUUUUAUUUUAUUUUAUUGUUUUCUUGAUAAAAUCCUAUAAUCCAUUACUUCACAUAUAAAUUUUUCUUUUUUUUUUUGGUUGAUUUUGCUGUCUGGGUUUUCUCCUUUGAUCUCAAAUUUUGGUUCUUUGUUGCUAAAUAACGUUAAGGGCUUUUCCCUUUUCAACAUCAAUCUCGAGGAGUUUUUGAAGGGAUGCUGAUGAAAUGAUGAAUCAAGCUACUAAUACACAAACUUUAGCUUCACUGGACCCGAACUCUGUUGAGAGUCGAUAUGCUGUAAAUGCAAGUCAAGGGCAGACAUCUUCAUAUGUUCCCUCAACAGCUGGUUCUGAAGCUGCAUCGUGGAAUAUGUACAGGGUGGAUAAUCACUCUGUAGAAAAUGGAAGUUUUUCGAAUUCCACUUACCACCAUGUGCAGCAAACAGAGCCAUCCACAAGAACUGUUCAGGAUGGGUCAAAUGCAGCAUCUCUUGCUACUUCAUCGAGCUUAGGAACAACAAAUGCACAACCAGACUAUAGUGGCCAUAAUUCCUACUCAAAUUCUACUGAUCCUUAUUCAUAUGGAAGCACAGGAUACCAAGGCUACUAUAAUGGCUAUCAGCAACAACCUAACCCCUCUUACUCUCAGCCAGUAGGAGCAUAUCAAAACACAGGUGCUCCUUAUCAGCCUCUUUCCUCAUUUCCGAAUACAGGGUCUUAUGCUGGGCCUGCAAGUUAUUCAAGCACUUACUACAAUCCUGGUGAUUAUCAGACAGCUGGAGGUUACCCGAGUAGCGGUUACAGUCAUCAGACAACCACGUGGAAUGAAGGCAACUAUUCAAAUUAUACUACUCACCAAUAUUCGAGCUACACUCCAGAUACAACUGGGGCUUAUGCUUCUGGUAAUGCAGCUACAAAUUCAUUGCAUUAUCAGCAGCAUUACAAGCAGUGGUCAGAUUAUUACAAUCCAACGGAAGUUAGUUGUGCCCCCGGAACAGAAAAUUUAUCCAUUGCUAGUAAAUCCACUCAGGUGUCUCAGGUUCCUGGUGUUAGUGGUGGAUACGCUACUUCAAACAGCCAAGCUCCCCCAUCUUUUACCCCAUCUUGGAGGCCAGAGCCCAGCUCAUCUCAAACGCCUUCAUUGCAGCCUGGUGCAACAGUUACUGGUGGUUAUGAUAGUUACUGGAAACAUGGGGCUUCAAGUUUUCAAAAUCAGCAUCCUACUCCUGUACAGCAACAUUUUCAGAAGGCUUUGGAUUCAAAACCUUCAUAUGAUAACUUUCAGGAACAGCAGAAAACUGCUUGCCCUCAAGGUCUCAAUUUACAAUAUCCUGUGGCUCAGCAGUCAUCUCAAAGUUACCAACCGCCUUUGCAAACUGUUCAAUCAGUUGAUACACGAAGGGUAAGCAAAGUGCAGAUUCAAACAAACCCCAGGAUUGCUUCUAAUUUGCCAUUGGGUUUACCAAAAAUGGACAAGGAUGGCUCUAACAAUAAUACAACAGCAAAACCUGCUUAUAUCAGUGUUUCACUGACAAAACCCAUUGAGAAAGUGUUGCCUAAUGAUGCAGCUGAUUCUGUACUCAAGGUUGGUAUGUUCCCAAAAUCAUUAAAGAAUUAUGUUGAAAGGGCAUUGGGUCAAUGUGAAGAUGAAAAGCAAAUGGCAGCUUGCCAGGCAGUCAUGAAGGAGAUAAUUACCAAGGCAACUAAUGAUGGUACACUUCAUACACGAGACUGGGAUGCCGAGCCUCUCUUUCCGAUACCUAAUGCAGAUAUGGUUGAUAAGAACAGCAAUUUACAAAAUCCAAUCCCUGUUUCUGCAAUUCCAAAGUACAAGAGUCCAACUAAACGAUCCAAGAGCAGGUGGGAGCCUUUACCGGAGGAGAAAUUACUUGACAAAUUGGAUCCUGUCAACAGUUAUGCAGCAAAGUAUAGUAGCUGGGUUCACGUUAAUGAAAAGGACAGAAAGCCUGCAGGUGCAAGUUCUGAGGGCAAGACUGAUAUUAUGAAUAGCAUUAGAUUUCCGCUGAUGGAGCAGAAAUCUGCAAGUAAAACUGUCCAGAGGCCAGUUAAGAGACAGCGUCUUGCUGAUGGGAAUGCUGCUGAUAAUGGUGAUGCAUCAAGUGAUAGUGAUAAGGAACAGAAUUUAACAGCAUAUUAUUCUGGUGCAAUUGCACUCGCUAAUACACCGGAGGAAAGAAAGAGACGUGAAAAUCGUUCUAAGCGUUUUGAAAAAGUGCAAGGAAAUCGAGCACAAAUUAAUCACUUUAAAGCCAAAAAUGCUGGCAGUGGAAACCUAUAUGCUAGAAGGGCUAGUGCCAUGGUGCUUAGCAAAAACUUUGAAGAUGGUGGCAGCAGGGCUGUUGAAGACAUUGACUGGGAUGCACUAACUGUGAAAGGAACAUGCCAGGAAAUCGAGAAACGCUAUUUGCGUCUUACUUCUGCACCAGAUCCCUCCACUGUAAGACCAGAAGAAGUUCUGGAAAAAGCUCUGCUCAUGGUUCAAAAUUCCCAAAAGAACUACCUUUAUAAGUGUGAUCAGUUGAAGUCUAUUCGCCAGGACUUAACUGUCCAAAGAAUUCGUAACCAGCUAACAGUUAAGGUUUAUGAAACUCAUGCUCGAUUGUCAUUGGAAGUUGGGGAUCUGCCUGAGUAUAAUCAGUGCCAAUCACAGCUGAAAAUCCUUUAUGGUGAAGGAAUUGAGGGGUGCCAUAUGGAGUUUUCUGCUUACCAUUUACUUUGUGUUAUCAUGCACUCGAAUAACAACAGAGAUCUAUUAUCAUCAAUGUCAAGAUUAUCUGAUGAAGCAAAGAAGGAUAAAGCUGUUCAACAUGCACUUGCAGUUCGUGCAGCUGUGACUUCAGGAAAUUAUGUUAUGUUCUUCAGAUUAUACAAAAUGGCACCUAACUUGAACACCUGCCUUAUGGAUCUUUAUGUUGAGAAAAUGCGAUAUAAGGCUGUGGGCUGUAUGUCUCGUUCUUAUCGUCCUCAGGUACCUGUUUCAUACAUUGCUCAGGUUCUGGGCUUUGGCAGCGGUAUGCCUACAAAUGAAGGAAGUGAUGAGAAAGACUCAGAUGGAUUGGAGGAGUGUGUUGACUGGUUGAAGGCACAUGGUGCAUGCCUUGUUGCAGAUAGUAAUGGAGAGAUGCAGCUUGAUGCUAAGGCUUCAUCCUCAAGUCUCUACAUGCCAGAACCUGAAGAUGCCGUGGCCCAUGGAGAUGCUAGUCUAGCUGUUAAUGAUUUUCUGACGCGGACAUCGUCAUAGCCAAGUUAUUCGGACUUAAUUGUAUUUGAAAGCAAAGUUAAUUGGAAAUUUUUGCCAUCCUCAGUCUGAUGUACGACAGUAAAAAGAGUGGGAAUAUUUUGAAGAAUGGCUAGCAAGUCUGACAAAGUUCAGCCGGAGGGCUGAGGGUGUUGCUUGUAACCUUAAGAGAGAGUAGAUCACAUUUGUAUACCAUGAUAUACUAAUUCAAAAGAAUUCAAAUUCUCUCAGAAAUGCUUGUUAGGAGAUGGCAGAGGGCAGCACUUGAGCUAGCAUUGUAGUUUUUGUUCCUUAUUUGUUUCUGUUUCUCUUUGAAACAUCGCUUCAUUGUUUCUUGGUGAAGACUUAACAUAGAUGUACUUCAGGAAGAAGAAAUAAGGAAAAUUAGUCAGUAUAUUUGAUAUAUGAAUGCUUUAGAAUUUUGAG